GAAGAAACUACCGAACUUGGGCCCAUUGCUGAAGACACUGCCGGCUGGAACGUUCGAAAAGAAUAUGCCGAAAAACCAAUUUGUUCUCGUCAAGCCAAUCGAACCAGCUGGAUUGGGCCGAUUCCAUUUCUAUGCAUCGCUGGUGCAAGAAAUAUCCAUAGUUCGGCUCCCGGAUGUGACGUGUCUUACCGCGCUUCAGUUCAGCUGCAGCACCCCCCUCCUUCCUCAUCUACGGAGCUUGAACUGGCAGGCACUUUCUUUCACGGACAUGCAGUACAUCAUGCUUUUCCUACACCCAGGAAUCGCUCGCCUCCAACUCCGUAUACCCGACCCGCAUUCCGCGGCAACAACGUCAUUACUGCCACGAUUGCACGCGCUAUGCCCCGACGUUAGUGUCUUCCAUCUCGACGGGAUUGCCAGCUUCAGCUCCGAGGACGCCCUCCGCCUCGCAUCCGCUGCCCCCACGUGCUGGCCGAACCUGCGUUCUCUGUACAUUCCACAUUUAGCUGUCCCAGACAUGCAAAAGAUAGCGAUGCUGCCUCACCUUCGGAGCCUCUUCCUUCACAGCCCUAUGGACGAGUCGGCGCCGAUACCGACUUUUGACGCACUCGCGUUCUCGGCCCUACGCGCGCUCGAGGUGCAGCCCACUUCGAUGACCUACGGGUCUAACCUAUUAAUGGCCAUGCCCUCUGCGCUCAACGUCGAGCGCUUCCGCAUCAUGUGCCACGAUGCGCCGCGAGGUGAAGCUUGGCCGGCACUCUUCCAGGCGAUCGGCCACGCGUUCAAUCCGAAGACUCUCCGCGAAGUCCUCAUCGAGGAGUAUGGGGACUAUGAGUGGGACGACAGUGACCACGAAGGGCCCAGGUCCCUCGUGUACGACAUCUUGCGGCAGAUCACGGUAUUCUCCAACCUCGCCGUCUUGUCGAUACAUUGCUGGGGUGGGUUCUUCGUCGAGGACGAUGAUCUGCUACAUUUAGCGCAGGCGCUCCCGCUACUAAAGACCCUCGUCUUGUCGCCCGGGCGUGGCGAGAUGCGCGAGUACCAUGCCACCAUCCAAGGCCUCGCGCACCUGGCGCGCCACUGCCCGCGCCUCGAGUCCCUCCACCUCGACUUCACCGCGAACGACCUCUACUACGAGGAGUCCCUGGCGCGCGACGUCUGCCAGCGGCGCCUCACCACCCUGGGCGUCUUCUUCUCCCCCAUCAGGAGCGCGCGCGUCGUCGCCGCCUUCCUCUCCGCGAUCUUCCCCAACAUCAAGUCCAUCCCGAGCUCCGAGAGCGCACGCGUCUUUGAAGACGACGAGGAUGAGGACGAGGAAGGGAUGGAGGACGAGGAGGGGAAAAUCCGGCAGAUGAAGUGGCGGCAGGUCAAUGAGCUCUUGCCGAUAUUCCGCUUUGUGCGCGUGCAGGAGCGCAGGGGUCGCGCGCCACGUGAUAUUGGUGGGACUGGGAAUGCAAACGAACCGGAACUGUCGUUGCACGAUGAGGACUGGGAUACGGAUUUCUCGGAUAUGUAGAAAGACCCUUCGGGGCCAGGCUAGAUAUAACCAGUGUAUUUCUGUCGAUACCGCAACCCUUUAUGCUCAUCCCAA